AUAGUGCCGGCGUUUAGAUUUGGCACUCGCUGGGCGACCAUGUCGGCGGAACGUCCAACUCCGCAGUUGGAUGACGGGCGACUGAUGUGCGAGUUCUGCGGCUAUCGCACGGGAAUCCCUUGGAAUCUGCAAAUCCAUCGGCGGCGUCACACCGGCGAGAAGCCCUUCAGCUGCGACACCUGCCACGCUCGUUUUCCGGCCAGUUAUCAGCUGAAGAACCACCUGGAGCGGCACUUGGACGCCGGACAACGGCGCCUUCGGCACAUCUGCACCGAUUGCAAUGUGGGCUUCUCCAGUUCCCGGGCCCUCUACCAUCAUAGGCCGCUCCACGAGGAUCUCAAGCGAUUCAGGUGCUCGCAGUGUGACAAAUCGUUUGCCCAGGCGGCGGGUUACGCGCAACACAAGCGGAUGCACCGCCAGAGGAAUCAGCGGGCCACACGGGAACUCAAGAACCUCGAGGAUCAGCAGGAUGUGCAGGAUGCGCAGGUUAUUCAAGAUACAAAGUAA